AUGACCUCUCAGAUCAGCAAAAAGCGCAAGUUCGUUGCAGACGGUGUUUUCCGCGCGGAGCUAAAUGAUUUCUUCACCCGUGAGUUGUCGGAGGAGGGCUACUCUGGCUGUGAUGUCCGGGUAACGCACGCCCGUACUGAGAUUAUCAUUCGUGCCACCCACACCCAGGAAGUUCUGGGUGAGAAGGGUCGCCGCAUCCGUGAGCUUACUGCCCUUGUGCAGAAGCGUUUCAAGUUCCCGGAGAACUCUCUGGAACUUUAUGCGGAGAAGGUCCAGUCUCGUGGGCUUUCUGCUAUCGCGCAGUGCGAGAGUUUGAGGUACAAACUCCUUGGCGGCCUCGCCGUCCGGAGGGCUUGCUAUGGUGUUCUUCGAUUCGUUAUGGAGUCCAAUGCGAAGGGUUGCGAGGUUGUUGUCUCUGGCAAGCUCCGUGCCGCUCGUGCCAAAUCGAUGAAGUUCACCGACGGGUUCAUGAUCCACUCUGGUCAGCCCGCAGUGGACUUUGUUGAUUAUGCUGUCAGGCACGUUAUGCUGAGGCAGGGUGUACUCGGCAUCAAAGUUAAAAUCAUGAAGGGCACCGACCCUGAUGGUCAGUCCGGACCCCGCAAGCCGCUUCCCGAUUCCGUUCAGAUCCUCGAGCCUCCUCUUGAUAAGAUCGUUGCGGAACCAACGUCGGAGCAGCGUGAACCAGCUGUCGUUGCCCCUCCUGCACCACCUGCGGAGGAGCCUGCUUACCCGCCUCAGGACACGUUCCAGCAGGCGUACGACCAGCCUGCUGCUUUCUAA